UUCAUUGUGAAGAUGCUGGUGAAAAUAUUUACCGGUUCGAUGCCGAAGAUAGAGGACGAACGGGAGUUGGAGCUGGAAGCUAAAGCGCCGGUGGAAAGCAACGGUGUCGCUGCAAAAGAUGGUAUGCUUCAACGAAGCAAGGCCGACUGA